CAUGAAUUGGUUGAGCUAUUCAUGAAGAUAUCUUCCUAAGGGUUUCAUGCAUCGCCGAUCAGCCCUCUGUCCUCUCGUAUCUGAUAGUGCGUUAUUAUCUACGGCGCCUGGAAUAGCCUUACUUUGAUUUUUCAAAGUGAGACACGGGAUCGAGUCCCCAACUCAACACGGUCCACGUGGCUAUACUGUGGAUCGAAAUAUGAAGUCCGAUGGCAGUUUCCCUUUACAGGAGGCCACUGGAUUCACAUCAGGGCAACCAAAUAGUCCAGCAGUAGCUACCACUUCACAUGACUUUGCGAUCAGGACCAGUGCAAAAGAUGGAAGUCCGCCAGAACCAGGCGGCAACGUCCCCAAAAAGAAAUUGCAUAUUUCAGAUGAAGCCCAGGCGUCCAAGCGUAUGAGCUCUUCCUCAUAUAGAAAACUCAAGUCCAGAACAGCCUCAUUGUCAUUGCCGCACCGUAUUAUCAAGAACGAUACUCCACCCAGGAUCCUUAAGAGAGCUAAAACUUUCCACCCCGUCUUAAAAGAGUCGGUAGGCCGUCGAGCAGUUUUUUUGAGGCCUCAAUUGCAAAAUGCCGUAGUCCGGUCGCCCUAUGUGCAUAAGAAGUUUAUUCCCCAGCAACAGUUACUCCGCAUCGCAACUCCCGAAAGAGUCAGUAGGGAAUUACUCAAAAUUUGGCUUAAGAAGCCAUGGAAAACGAAAGUGGUUCCAGAUCCUGCAGACUCAUACCAACGGAUUCUUGCGAUCCUGAUCUUGAUGGAUCGCGGUUCGAAGAUUAGAAUGUUUGUUAAACGCAAAAUUACUGAUAAUUACCUUCCAUUCGACAAGAUACCAAGAGAAGACAAUAAUGAGAAGUCACUUAUGAUGCUACAGAGUAGAGAUAACCCCCAAGGUCCUGCGCCAACUUUCAGGAAGCAAGCCGAUGCUGAUGACUUCUUUGAUCAUCAGUGGAUAGUUCUAGCGCCAUUGUUCAAAGGCCCACUAGACAUGCAGAUCAAUCACAACGAGAUUCAUCAGGAGGCUACGAUGCCGUUCUUAAGCCAAAAGCCAAUUGCAGCAUCCGGGUUUGGCCAGGUCUUCAAGACCGAAAUUCAUCCCGAACAUCACGACUUUAGCGAGGCCGAGAAGCCUUGCAACGUGUUCGCUAUUAAGAGACUAAAUUCCAAGAACGAGCUCGACUUUGAACAGGAGGUACAAAUACUCAAAAAGCUCUCGGCCAGACCACAUGCACACCAGCACCUGAUCAAUUUACUGGCAACGUAUAAGUAUGCUGGAGACUACCACUUGAUCUUUCCGUGGGCAGAGACAGACCUUUUCGGAUACUGGCGGAACAAUCAGACACCAUCGAAUCAAGACCGGGCAAUGGCAGAUUGGAUCGCGGAACAAUGCCGGGGCCUCGCCGAAGGAUUGAAUAGAAUCCACAGAUACGAGACCAGUUCAGCUUCUUCGAUUUUCAACUUUCUUCCAGCAGUGGUGGGAAGACCACAGUCGAUGACGGCGACUCUAAGAGACCACAGUCGUACGGGUGACGUCCAGGCACAUUAUAGACAACCCAAGCGCCUCUUUGGUCGCCACGGUGACUUGAAGCCGGAGAAUAUUCUUUGGUUUCCUGAUCCCCAUGGAGGCGGUUUAGGCACUCUCAAGAUUACUGACUUCGGCAUCGCCCGUUUCAACACCCAAAACCUGGUAUCUGCACGAGAGCGCGGUCAAGUCCCCAACUCCGCAACGUAUCGGUCUCCAGAAUGCGAUUUGCCGUAUGGAGAAUUGAGUACAGCGUGUGAUGUCUGGGCGCUCGGCUGUAUUUUUCUCCAAUUUGUCACAUGGUUUAUUGGGGGGUAUAGCUACUACGAGGAGUUUGGCAGGAAGCGCCUCGCUAUUGAUCCAGGCUGGGCGGGGAUGCUCACGGAUACCUACUUUACUAUCCUGAUUGAAGGGGACAGGAAGACAGCUAAAGUCAAGGAUUCCGUUACGCAGAUGAUUGAGGAGCUCCGCUCUCACCGCGGACAUGCUCAUUCGGAUUUCUUUAACGGAUUUCUUGAUGUGAUUCAGGAUGAUAUGCUUACUAUUCAAAACUAUGUUCGUAAUGAGGAGAAUCAGCAACUGGGAAACAUAAAUGAGCAACAUGCUCCGACAACGGCGUUGAGCCGGCCAAGCAAGGCCUCUCCACGACGAAAGAGUUCAGGCGAUAUAUUCCGCACACUUGGGAGUUUGAGUAGGCCACAUAACGAUUCAGAUGAUGAUUUGAGCUUCUGAUACUCAUUGUAAAAUAUUGUUUACUCGGUUGAUUCUUUCAUAGUUGUAAGAGAACACGUAAUCAAGGAUGGGUUUCAUGACAUUCAUUAAUCUAAUGUAACUUAUCGUCUGACAGAGCAGAUAAACCUUC